CCUGCGCAGAUUUCAAAGAGGAAAGAAAAGUCCGCCAUUCUUCUUGAUGCUUUUUAUUUUAUUUCACACCAUACGGGCAUAAUACUAGAAAACACCCUGAAUUUGGAGCUAUUUAUGCAUUUUCAAUGCCACUGAAAUCGAUCUACCGGUAGUAUGGAAACCCGCGGUGCUUAGUUAAGACGCUUGUGAACCAAACAAAAACAAACGCGGUUCCUUCGCAGGAGAACAAGUCACCUGCAACCUCCGUACAUUGCACAUAUUUUGACGAGUUGUUUUCCCUGUUAGUUUACGAACUCUUAAUAAUGAUUACAAAUAAAAUACUAUAUCGAUGAUCGGUCCCCCUAUUCAUAAAUACAUCCAAAACACCUUGGAAAAUGGACAAAUUCGUGGUGCGUCUAUCAAACCGGGAAGUACCAAAGGAAACGAAGGGUAAAGAAAAGGUGUAUCGACAAGCAACUAUUGAGUCUCUACGCAGAGUGGUGGUGAUUGAGGACAUUGAGAGGUACAAGUCCAUGCUGGAACUGCCUGGUCAGACCAAGGAGAAUCUCCUACUAGCCCUGGCAGAGCUCAACAAGAAGAUGCCGUCCAAGGAGGUGCUCAAGUCAACCAGAAUAGGCCACACUGUUAACAAGAUGCGUAAGCAUCACCCCGACCCUGAGGUGACUUCCCUAGCGGCAGAAGUGUACACUGCAUGGAGGAGCUUCAUUGAAGAGCACUCCAACAAGCCCUCCAUAGAAGUACGCUGUGACAAGCAGACUGAGGGACUGAGGAACAACGCCAGGAGAAUGCUGUCUGAAGCUCUGGGAGUGGAGACAGACAGUGGUCUGGUGGAGAACAUAGAGAGAGAGGUGUUCCACCAGAGUUCUCGGCUGGUCAGCGGCUCCUACAGACGGACUAUCAGGAAGCUGGUCUUCGCCCUCAAACACCAGCCAGAGGUCAGGGGUCAAGUCAAGGAGAGUAAGAUCCCAGUCAACCAGCUGGUGUUCACCCACAAGAAGUAAAUACACUCUGUUCAGAACCUUCUCUAUGGACAAAGAAAAAUGAUCUAAAAGGGUUCUUUGUGGGUGAAAGGAUUCCACCUAGAACAUAAAAUAUAUAUACAGUACCAGUUUAAUUUUAUUUUCUACAUUGUAGAAUAAUAG